GCGUUAUGCGGCAAACUUCACGUGUCGAGCUCGAACAGUCUUUUAAUGGCCACCCAAUCUGAGAGACAACUCUGGAUCAGCUCAACGUAUGUUGGGACCCGCCACGUCACUUCUAUCUGCUGCCGGAUAUACUUCUAUCUUCGGCCUUGUUCACUCUUGGAACACUUAAAAAUGGCGACAAUGAGCAAAGCUCAAAGGACCAAACCCACUUCUGGAUCUCAGCUUGUCUUCGCGUUCCUCCUCCUGCUCUCUUCGGUUAUAUCCACCGGGAAAUUGGGUUUGCCGUAUCAACAAACCCUAAUCGAUUACUUCGUGAGGUACCCUCGCGGCAAGAGACAGCAUACGUUGUCGGAGAAGUACUUGUAUUGGGGAAACAGAAUCGAUUGCCCUGGGAAAAACUGUGAGACCUGCGCAGGCUUGGGUCACCAGGAAUCUAGCCUGAGGUGUGCUCUUGAAGAAGCCAUGUUUCUUAACAGGACCUUUGUGAUGCCUUCUGGAAUGUGCAUUAAUCCGAUUCAUAACAAGAAAGGAAUACUCAAUCGAUCUGAUAACAAAACUACAGAGGAAGGUUGGGUAGGGAGCUCUUGUGCAAUGGACUCCUUGUAUGACAUUGACCUCAUAUCUGAGAAGAUACCUGUGAUAUUGGACGACUCAAAAACAUGGCAUGUUGUUCUAUCCACAAGUAUGAAGCUGGAAGAAAGAGGGAUUGCUCAUGUUUAUGGAGUCAGUCGCCAUAGGCUAACAGAGAGUCACUACUCAAACCUCUUGAUCAUUAACCGAACCGCAAGUCCUCUUGCAUGGUUCGUUGAGUGCAAAGAUAGAGGCAAUCGUAGCGGCGUCAUGCUUCCUUAUUCAUUUCUUCCUAAUAUGGCAGCUGCCAAAUUGAGAAACGCUGCAGAAAAGAUAAAAGCACAACUCGGUGAUUAUGAUGCCAUCCAUGUUCGUCGAGGGGACAAACUGAAAACCAGAAAAGACAGGUUCGGAGUUGAAAGGAUCCAGUUUCCUCAUCUAGACAGAGACACGCGACCCGAGUUUAUACUUCACAGGAUAGAGAAGCGGAUCCCACAAGGGAGGACUCUUUUCAUUGGUUCUAAUGAGAGAACGCCUGGAUUUUUCUCUCCUCUCGCUCUCAGGUACAAACUGGCUUAUUCAUCGAAUUUUAGCGAGAUUCUAGAUCCUAUAAUCAAGAAUAAUUACCAGUUGUUCAUGGUGGAGAGACUGGUGAUGAUGGGAGCCAAAACAUUCUUCAAGACUUUUAAAGAGUACGACACGGAUCUCACCUUGACUGAUGAUCCCAAAAAGAACAAGAACUGGGAGAUACCAGUGUACACCAUGGAUGAAAGAUAA